UGUGUACUCCAUCGUACAAAAAGGUAAGCUUCUUGUUAUAAUAUUUAAAAUAAACAGGGUUUUCAAAGAAAGUUCUAUACGCUAAUUCGUUUCUUUGGAAAUAAAAAUAAAAAUAUUAAUUAUUUAUAUAUAAUAUAUAAUUUCACGUUCCUUUCUUCAUCACUUUCGUUCCUCUCUUAUGGCCUGCUAUAAUGUUAUUAAUUGCUAUCAUUUAUUAUAAACAUUUUGGAGCAUCAUCCUUACAUAAAUCUUUUAUUUUCUUCUCGAAGAAUUUUUAUACAUUUUACCUAUCAAUUACAUACUUGCAUUAAUUUAACUUCAUCCGUCAAGAACGAUAUGCCUAGUGACACGCGUCCAACUCCUCAGACUGUUCAAUCUCCUAACGUUGUUGAUACUAUUGACCCCGAACUUUUAGCACAACUCAAUGCCAAAAGAGAUAAUCUUGUCUACGCUUAUGAGCAAAUAGCUCAAGCUUUAAGAUAUGCAGCAAAAGCCUGUGACGAGUUUCAGGCACUUAUUCCAAGAGAUGUCGGAAUUAUCCCUGGUGAUUUGGGCGUAUCAAGUCAAUCUAUUGGGAGCCAAAGAAAAUUCAAAAAACCUCAGAUUAAAGAUCCAAAUGCCCCCAAGAGACCAAAUACUGCUUAUAUUCUCUUUAGCAACGAAAUUCGCGCCGAUACAAAAGCAGCUAACCCCCAAGCCAAUCAAAAAGAAAUCGUCACACUCAUUGGGCAAAAAUGGAAGGCUUUAUCUAGGGAAGAAAAAAAGGUUUAUGAGGAUCGUUAUUUUGCUGACAAAGAACGAUAUGACGAAGAACUCCGUGCUUACCGAGCUACACAUGGUCAAGUUGAGUCGCCUCCUGAAACUUCUUCGAACGAAGACAAUGGGGAUCCUAAUGCUUCAGCUUUAGGUGGCCAAGUUUUACCUAUUUCUGUACCGCCAUCCGAAACCGAUACUACUAUGCUGGACUCCAUUAUUAGUACGUUCCCAACGGAUUCGACUACUUUUACACAGACCGUAUCAAGUGAUAAGGCUACCACUUCUCUAUCGAAGAAGCGUCGUUCUCCUGAGCCCAGAGGUGGUGAAAAGCAAGACGAAGAAGCAUCAAAUGUUAAACGAACACGUGCUUCAUCUAAGAAAAAUCAAACUACUACAGAGCCCGGUCAAGAUGGUUCUGUUUUUACCCCACCUGACGACCCAGAAGCAUCAACCGAACAAGAUGAGGCCGUGACUGGAACCACAACUAAGCGGCAAAGGACCAAACGAAGUUCAGCCAAUGGAAGCGUAACACCUGCACAAGGGUCUAAAACCACCUCCUCAACUACACGUCGCAAGCGCGGCGGUAAAUCUUAAAGUUUCUUUUUCAUAUUCAUUUUUCUUGAUUUUAAAUUUUUUAAAUUUUUUUUUAAUAUUUUAUGUAAUCACUUUUUGUUUUUUU